AAGAAACUAGAAUCGGUAAGAGACGUGAAGUCAUCGAGACCAGGACAUUCUGGUGCCCACCAGACUAUUAUCAAAAGUGGAAAUUUAUUUUUACUUAAUUUAAUUAUAAAUUAUAAUACUAUAUUAGUUUUCAACGUUGCUUAUGCAGGGCCCGCCGUGGGUUUAUUAAUUAUUUUAAAACAUCCGAACAAUUAAAAAUUGUAUUGAUAUGCAUGUGUUGUGAUUUUAUGGUAUACGUGCGGAACAGCGAACACGGCCUUCGUUUUUAGAUUUUACAGUGCACAAUAUUUGUCUCGUUUCGUUUCUCAUCUGAAAACUUAGUAUAUAUACCAUGGCCGCUACGAGGAGACUUCAAAAAGAACUUGCAGAUAUUCGCGAUUCUGGACUUAAGUCAUUCCGUGAUAUUCAAGUUGAUGAAACAAAUAUAUUAGCUUGGCAAGGACUGAUUCUACCUGAAAAUCCCCCAUAUAAUAAAGGAGCAUUUAGAAUAGAAAUUAAUUUCCCUGCAGAGUAUCCAUUUAAACCGCCUAAGAUCAAUUUUAAAACUAAAAUUUAUCAUCCUAACAUUGACGAAAAAGGUCAGGUUUGUUUGCCGAUCAUUAGUGCUGAAAAUUGGAAACCAGCUACCAAAGCUGAUCAAGUUAUUCAAGCGCUGAUAGCCCUAGUCAAUGAUCCUGAACCAGAACAUCCUCUACGUGCGGAAUUAGCAGAAGAAUACUUGAAAGAUCGUAAGAAGUUUUUUAAAAAUGCUGAAGAUUAUGCCAAAAAGUUUGGUGAAAAAAGACCAUCUGAUUAGAAUGUAUACAAUGAUACUUUUACACAUGAGUGUCGUUGAACUAUUAACAACACCGACUGCAUUACACACAUUAAACAACGACAAACAACAACUUUUCACCAAUAUGUGUAAUUACACAAUUUCGAGCAAUUAGUUGAGAUUACAAGAUUGUAACCAAUAUUUCUAUCACUACAAUAAACACUAUAAUUUGAAUAAAGGUUUUAUUUUUAUGAUCAGAGAAAUAUAAGCGUUAAUGUUUUAA